CCUAUCUUCCUCUCAUCUAUGAAUACGGUGCCAAGCCUUCCUUCUUUCCUCCUUACCUCCCUUUCUCUGCCUCACGAUUUUUUGCUUCGACCCAAAAUUUUUUUCCCUGUUCCUUCUUCAUCUUCCUCCUCUCAGAGUAAUCUCUGAGGCAGCUCAGGCGUUUCCUUGUAUAGAUCUCUGAGGGUAAAGAUUUAGGAAGAGGAAAAUGAAUUGCUGCAGAAACCAACAAAACGCCUGGACAAGCUGCGAGGAGAUGAGGAAGGAGUCGAUGGUUUGCCCUAAGCCUCGUCGCUUGGGUCGCUUAAACGUUUCAACGAUGAACGACCACAUAAGAUCCAUCAGACGGCCAAUAUUCAGCCACCAGUCAGACAUGGAAGAUCCAUCAGGAGUUGUUCGGGCAGAGCUUCUUGAUAUUAUUCUCCCCAAGGAAAGUUUGGCUGACCGAUCUGGGAGCCAAGUGGGGUUUUCGCCUCCAUAUUUUUGUGGAUCUCCACCGAGCAGGGCUUCAAACCCUGUGAUCCAAGACGAGCAAUUCGGUAACGGCAAUUUCAAUCCAUUCUCAAUCACGCCUUCGUCGCCUUCUUCUUCUUCCUCAGCGAGAGGCUGUGUUCGAAUGAGCUUUGGCCACAAACCAGCAGCUGUCAGGAUUGAGGGCUUUGAUUGCUUGAGCAGAGAUAGGCGAAACUGCAGUAUUUCUGCUGUAGCAUAAAACUCAUAACCAAAAGCCUCAUCAACACCAUGAAGCUGAGGAAAGAAGGUAGAUGAUGAAAAAUUUCCGAGAGUUCGAAGAGCAGAGGAGAUUUUGGGAGAGAAAGGAGCCAUUGUUGAAUUACAAAUUUUUAGUGUAAUAUAUGUAUAUAAAGGUCUAUCAGACAGUCCUUGUUCAUGAGUUAAAGGCGUCAUGUCAUGUAACAUGGAGAUAUGGCGAGAGAACCAACCAAGUCUUUUUGUGAUUUUGAAGAAUAAAAGAAGACAAGGUGUUUGCGGGGAGAGAAAGCUCAGCCUUUCUCACCUCGUUUCGUUGUUAGGUUUAACAUAUGAUUAUGGGUCUGGAGUCUGAAGUGUUGUGUGUUUUGUCACUCAGAUCCUCCCUUUGUAAGUGUAAUUUGGAGGAAGUUGAGGAUUAAUCUCUGGAAUUUGAUGUUGUAAAUUAAAUUUUUUUAAUCUCAGAGAAGGCCAAGUUGAUGUAGAUGAUAAAGAA